CUUAGUUCUUUUACCCCACUAGCUCUAUUGCUAGUUUGUUGGAGCUUGGUUCCUGAGUUAGUUGUGUGAAGUGUGCGAAUUUUGAUUCAUUUUACAUGGUAAGGUUGAUUGUGAGAAUAUUAUUGGAUGAAUGAUAAGAAAGAAGGAAAAAAGAAAAGGAAAGAAUAGGAACGAUGACGAAAAUACCAGUUUUCCUUUUAAAGACGAAAAGUGUCCCGAAUGACGGGUAUGAGGAGAGGUUUGAGGAGGUGAGUUUUAAUGCGUUGAAGUAUGGACAGGGGGAAAUGAAGAGUGAGAGGGGUUUUGAACCGAUUUUUGUACCGGUUUUGGAACAUAGGUUUAUGGAGGAAGGGGCCGUGGUGGUCAAGAGGUUACUUAAGGAGAGGCAAGUUGGGAAAGAGGAGGGGAAGAGAUAUGGGGGGUUGAUUUUUACGAGUCAGAGGGCUGUGGAAUUGUUUGCUAAGUUGGUGGAGGAGGGGAGAGCGGGGAAAGAUGGUAUGUUUGCAAGUACUUCGAGAUAUUGAUGAUUGACUGAUAAUUCUAUAGUGGAUGAUGAAUGGCCUUAUCUGCAAGAUAUACCGAUAUACACUGUUGGACCAGCUACAUCUCGAGCUUUACGAUCGAUUCCUCAAAAUCCACCAUUAAAUAUCUUUGGAGCCGAAACAGGAAAUGGAGAAGCAUUGGCACAUUAUAUGUUAGAACAUUAUGGAAACUGGUAUAAAGAUCGUACAAUAAAGCCGUCUCUGCUAUUCAUGGUCGGAGAACAGAGAAGAGAUAUCAUUCCUAAAACAUUAAUGGAUCCAAAUUUAUCAAACGAAAAGAGAAUUCAAGUCGAUGAAUUGGUUGUUUAUGGUACUGGAGUGAUGGAAUCUUUCGAGGAGAAUUUCACGAAUUUGUUAAAGGAGACGAAGGAUAGGGAUGUUAGAUGGGUGGUUGUAUUUUCACCGACGGGCUGUGAAGCUAUGUUACGUUCUCUAGGGAUGUUGGAUUCUCAAACUGGGAAAGUUAAGAAAUCGGAUGAAGGAGAUGAUGGACAGAGAAAAACUUUCAUCGCUACGAUUGGACCUACUACUAGAGAUCAUCUCCAAAAUACCUUCAAUUAUGAAGCGGAUGUUUGUGCUGAUAAGCCAAGUCCGGAAGGUGUUAUUGAAGGGAUUAAGAGAUUUUUGGAUCAUACUUAGGAAUUGGGGAAAUUCUUGACACAUGCUUCUUUGGGUUUUACAUGCAUUGUCCUUAGGAGAUUUAUUAUGCAUUGGUGAUACAACAUAUUGAAUACUACCUUGGUAAGUAGAUGCAAUAUAUAUCAAACCCCCGCCGG